UUACGUUACUUUGUAUAUUAUCUACACUAUGCCGUUAGUGCGCAGGUAGAUUUUUAUAGUUAUGUAAGGUUGCCAUGAACUUGUGAUACGGAAUCUACGAAAUUCUCCGAAGAUGGUUGGGAUUGCACCAAAUACCUGCAGAAAUGCGCUGCGUCAAAUCAGGGCUUUGCAUACUGCACCAGUUCAAAAUGCUGAGGCCAGAGUGAAGACCUUUUCAGUUUAUCGCUGGAAUCCUGACAAACCCGAUGAAAAACCAUACAUGCAGAAAUAUAAAAUUGACCUGAAUAAAUGUGGCCCAAUGGUAUUGGAUGCGUUAAUCAAAAUUAAAAAUGAGAUGGAUCCAACUUUGACAUUCCGUCGAUCUUGCCGUGAAGGUAUUUGUGGAUCUUGUGCUAUGAAUAUUGGAGGAACAAACACAUUGGCAUGCAUCAGUAAAAUUGAAACAAACACAAGUACAAGCUGCGAUAUCUAUCCUUUACCACACAUGUAUAUUGUCAAGGAUUUGGUGCCAGAUUUAAAUAAUUUCUACAACCAAUAUCGCAGUAUACAGCCCUGGUUGCAGCAUAAAGAUACAAAGGAAACGGGUAGUCAACAAUAUUUGCAAAGUGUAGAAGACCGUAAAAAGUUGGAUGGUCUCUACGAAUGUAUUCUUUGUGCUUGCUGUAGUACUUCUUGCCCAUCUUACUGGUGGAACGGUGACAAGUACUUAGGCCCUGCAGUACUUAUGCAAGCAUAUAGAUGGAUUAUUGAUUCGCGAGAUACUCAAGCAAAGGAACGUCUAGAGAAACUAAAGGAUCCAUUUUCAGUUUACCGCUGUCACACUAUUAUGAAUUGUACACGUACUUGUCCGAAGGGUUUGAAUCCUGGAAAAGCGAUCGCGGAAAUAAAGAAGCUGUUGGCUAAUAUUAGUCAGAAGCCGCAGCCGGAGCUUACCGCAUCAGCGUCUUCGUAGUUAAAAAAAUUUAGGUAAAGCCAAAUAAAGUUGUUAUGUACGUGUUCUUUACAUUUUAUAGUGUGCAGCAGCAAAAGUAUUAUAUCAAUAUAUUUAUGUAUUUUAUAAAGUAUAGCGGAUAAAAUCUUCUCUUGUAAAUUGAAAGAUUAAUCAUGCUCUACUUGUAAAUAAAACCAACUUCCCACAUA